CCUCCUCCUCUUCUAUCACCACGCACGGUCAGCAUGGCCGAAACACUGCCCCAAAGACCGCCAUCAGAAGCUGCAGAAGCUGCAGAACUGGCAGCAGAGGAGGAAAAGCAGCUAUCGAGCUUCCAUCGCGUCGAAGAAUUCCUGUCCAUCCUCCACGAGCUCCUCUCCUCUUCUUCUUCCUCCUCUCCUGGCCCCUCAACCAAUCACCUCGACAAGCUCCACUCCCAGCUGCGCAGCAUCCUCGACGAGUAUCAAGAACAGCCUUACCUUCUAGAUCCGCAUCUCUCUUCCCUCAUCACCCCGCCGGUGGAGAUCCUCCAGUCCGCCAUCCGCCAACGAGAUGCCACUUCCCCAGCUGUGGCACGUAGUGCAGCCUUGCUCUACUCGUACACCAAGGUCAGGGGGUACAAGACGAUCAUUCGAUACCUGCCUCAUCAAGUGAGCGAUGUGUUGCCGGUAGUGGACGCCCUCGAGUCUGCGCAGGCCUCUGCAAGUGACCGUUCGCAGGGCUGGCAGCUGCGCUACGUUCUCCUCCUCUGGCUCUCACUGGUCUGCAUAAUCCCCUUUUCCCUCGACAAAUUCACCAGCUCGGGGGACGUGACGGAUCGUAUCACCGCCGUCUGUCUGUCGUUCCUCGACUCACCAGGCAAGGAGCGAGACGCAGCUGCCGUAGCGCUCGGCAAGCUCCUGCAACGGCGGGACGUACAUGAAACGAGGCUGCCCUGGUUCAUCGCGUGGGCUACCGAGCGCAUUAGACCACCUGCUCAGCCAUCUUCCUUCUUGGCUACAGGCGUACUGCAGGUCCUCUGCGAACUGCUCAAGGCCGCACCAGCCAAUAUCGUGGUACCCCUGCUUCCCCAAAUCCAGGUCAUCCUUUCCCUUGGUGACCACGGCGAAGAAGAGGACGACUCGCCCACCUUGCUCGCACUCCGCGGCAACUCCCUCGUGAAUCGCUACCGCUGCAAGCUCGCAGCGCGUAUGGGCAUGACCCUUCUCUCCGUAUCCCACACCGACGUACCCGAGCAAAUUGACGCCUACAUCGCGCAACUCCUCUCCGGCCUUGAGGACAAGGAUACAAUCGUGCGCUACUCGGCAGCCAAGGGUCUCGCGCGCAUCUGUCAGCGUCUGCCAGAGGAAUUCACAGCGCAAGUCGGAGAUGCGAUUACUGCGCUGUUCGAGAUCAACGUACUACGCUUGAAGGACGGCACCCCCGACUUGAGCGCUGUGAGCGAGCAUACCUGGCAGGGCGCCUGCAUGGGUCUAGCUGAGCUGGGUCGGCGUCGCCUGCUGGCUGCGGCUGAGCUGGACGAGAAGUUGGAAUGGGUACUGCGCGCCCUCUUCUUUGACGUCCGUCGUGGAUCACACAGCAUUGGUACGGCAGUGAGAGACGCGGCGUGCUAUGUGCUCUGGGGGAUCGCGAGGGCCAGCUACCCGGCGGAGGUGCUGCGCCCGCACGCAGAAGGAAUCGCCAAGGCCCUGGUGACUGUGUCUUGCUUGGAUCGGGACAUCUCGAUUCGACGCGCCGCGAGUGCUGCUUUCCAAGAAGGGGUGGGGCGUUUGGGACUCUACCCGCAUGGAAUUGAUGUGAUUGGGAAGACCGACUUCUUCUCCGUCGGUAUCCGUCGCACCGCCUUUCUGAGAUGCUGCGCCUCGGUAGCCGUGCACUCCGAGUAUCGCCUCGCGCUACUGGACCAUCUGCUCAACACAACGGUCGUGCACUGGGAUCCAGCGAUGCGAGAGAUGGGAGCGAAAGCUGUGGCGAGCGUGGCUACCCUCGACGUCGAUGGGCUCGCGCCACGCAUCAUCGCGCAGAUGAGCAAGCAUGCCAAGUCACGCGAUAGCAAUGUACUGCACGGCUCCCUUCUCACCCUCGCUGAGCUCGGGACGCUCUGCAGCGAAAACCAGGCUUUACGGUCUCGUAUCUUCUCCACCCUCUCUCUCGUCCUCCGCAACGCCAUAGGCGACAAACCCUCGGUCCUCAUUGCGGCGUGCAAACUCAUCGCCUCCUCCUGCAUAGCAGAGCCGGAGGAUGAGGUAGGCUGGCGCGCUUUUCUCGACUUGGCAAUGGCGCGGCGCGAGGAGGCGGUGCAUGAUGCUGUGGCCGAAGGAUGGGAGGCCAUGAGCCGCGUGAGGGAUUGCGAUGAGUUCAUGGCGGGGCUGAUUGCUGAGGUGAGCUGGAAGAAAUUGCCGCAGCAUAAGCAGCAGAGCGCUGUGAGGGUACUGGGAGUGAUACAGUAUCGAGAUCCGGCGAAGGUCAAGAGGUUGAAAGAAUUCUUGCUGCAGGUAGUGGGGACAAGCAGACAUGUCGAGACGAAGCGCAAUGCUGCGCAAGCGUUGGUGGCCGUUUGCGGCGGUGAGCAGCUUGACGAGGUGUGGGCUGCGCUUACGCACUGCUUAGAUGACUACACGACGGAUCAACGCGGUGAUGUUGGGUCGUGGGUACGGCUUGCGGCGCUGCGUGGGCUGCGGGAACUCUCGCAGCGUGGUAAGGUGCCGAGCGAGGUGGUGUUUCACGCCGCCGUCGCCGCAGUCGGCAAACAGACAAUGGAGCGUAUCGACCACUUGCGCGCAGAGGCGGCUCUCACGCUGCUCACCUUCUACGUCGGCUCGCCCGCACCACACGGCAGUGAGCUCAUUCGCAGCAACUUUAGCGACAUCCUCCCCGCGCUGGGUGAGGAGCAGACUUUCGCCACGCUCAAAGACCCAGCCUACCUCUUCCCGCGCUCCGUACGCGCGCUCCUCUCCAUCGAGGCCUAUCGCCACCAAGCGCUUCGUGGUCUGGUCCAGGCAUUGGGAACAAAGACGCAAAUGUCUCAGCGCGUGGUAGCGAAGAGCUUGCUCGACUACGUGAAACGAGGUGAGGGGUACAGCCCGCUUGCGCUGCUGAGCGACCUGGUGACGUGGGCGGAGCAGGACUGGGGAAAGAGCAGCGUCUGUACCGCGGUUUUUGCCACUCUUAGCACUCUGCUGGACGACGAUGAUGUGGUGCUAGCGAUGGGGUCAGAAGCCCGGCCUGAGCUGGAGCGCAUCCUCGCGCUGAGCACCCGCUCGAUAGGCAAGGUCACCUCACCCGCAAGGCUGAACGUUACGGGCGCCCUCAACGCCAGCCUGCUGGGGGCGGCUUGCCUGCUUGAGGAUUCCGAUCUGGCCUUACGCUCUCUCACUGCUUUUACUACAUACUUCCUCGCGCACGAAAAAUAUCCAACUGUGCGGGCUGCGGCGGCCGAGAAGCUUUAUCAAGUGGUCGCGAGUAGGUGGCCAAGAAGUGAUGAGGAGGGCGAAGAGGAGAGUGAGGUGGACAGGGCAGAGGAGUUGUUGUUGGGUAGAGAAUGGGGUUUGGGUGAUACCGGGAUGAGAGAGGGGGCGGAUGAGGUAAGGGAUCUGCUCGCGAGCUCGUUAGGGGGAGUAUCAAAGCCGUAGAGCGUGCGAUACCAAUCAGACGAGCGCAAUGCAGCGCAUGUCAUGAGUGAUGAGGCGAUGAGAUCGUGGCAAGCUCACGGCUGCAGCGACGGCUGAGCGCGCGAGGAAGACAGUAAUGACUUGGAUUGAGUGGUGG